GGAAGAGUUGCAAAAGAAAAUAGUAAAUAAAAUAUAAAAAAAGAAACUACUGAUCUUCUUCUUUUUAAUUAGAAAAGAAACUUAGCAGCAAAGAAACAAAAAUAAAUUAAUCAAUAAAUAAAUAAAAAAGAAACAGUAUUUAGUUUAAAGAUGAGCUAAAGCAUUUUGAGAAACAAAGGUUAUACAUAGUCUCAAACAAAUUUGAACUACUCUCGCAGAUCUUCAUAGGACAACUUCCGCCAAUAAAGAUACCAAAACGAAAUUCAUUUGCAUCCAUAGACCACAAAAAAUGGUAAUGCAGCUAAAGGAAUUAGUGAUGCUUUAUCUUAGCACUCAUAUUAGCAAUAGAUUUUGGCAGAUAGAUCAAAAAACCCUUUGAAUCUUACUAAGAAAAUGGUUAGAGUUAUUAAUGGUAAGAUUGUUCCUGUUCCUGAAAAUAAUUUCUCGAAUGAACAUCUACCAAAUUACAGACACAAUUAAAACAAUCCCAGAGCUUAAUCUCAUGCUCAAUUACCUAACCUGUCUUAAUCUCAACAAAAUUUUUGUUCAAAGCCUUGCUCUACCAAGUGUAUUCCUGGACAUCAUCAUCAUGCAGGCAGUCAUGCUCAUGCACACAAUCAUGAAGAUGUUUAAGGUUUGUUAAAUAAUGUAGAAUCCAUCAUUUCCAAUAAGAAUGUAUAAUCUAAUGAUAAGUGUCCUGCUGAAAGCGAAUAUACCGGCAGCAAGUACCAUGAUCAAGAUGGAAAGAGCUGCCAAGUUAAAAGCUAAAUGGAAUCCGAAGUAGAAAGCUACAUCAACAUGAAUGAGAUCUACUACAAGCAUUUAAGAGGUUUAUGUGUUUGCUAUAGAUGUACUUGCGGUAAACAUAGAUGCGCUUAUGCCAAAAACUCUCAUUUAAAACAGCCUUUUAAUGUGACACCAGCUUAAUCUAUUUAUAAGAUAAAUUAUGUUCCUAAGAAAGGAUUAAAAGAUAUUGACUUCGAUUAUGGAAUGUAUGAAAACAUGAAGGGUAACAUUAAUACAAUCGAUCUAAAGUCAGUCAAUCACACUGAUUUCACCAAGCCUGAUUAGAAAUAUUAUCUGGCUCAUUAGUAGUUCAAACCAGAGCAUAAGUACGACUACAAGCCUCUUUAGUGUGGAAGAUCUCACUAUAAGAGAGAUUUCCUUGAAUGGGGUUGCGUUCCUUACUAGCCUAUUAAGGGUUACUCUUAGAGAACUACUAUUGAUGAAAUGCCCUUCCAUGGCUAAACUACUUACAAAAAAGAUUACUACAAGAUGAAUGCUCCUAAGGCUGAACCCACUUUAAAUAAUUACACUACCACAAUGGUUAAAUCACCAAUUCCAUUCUUAGGCAUUACCACUUCCUAAGAAUUCUUCAAGCCCUACAAGCCUGGUGAUAGAGCUGUCAGAUACAAAGCUUCUGAUGAAUUAAUUACUGGUGCUCCCUCUUUCAAGGGCUAAUUUGAAUCAUUAAGUUAAAAAGAUUUCAAGGACUACACUAACAUAUGUCCUGUAGAAAUCGAACUCAGAUAAUCACCAAAAAAGGAAAAUUAAGUUGAAGCUAAUUGA